AUGGCUUCAGGAACAGAAGAUGAGAUUGAUCCCCUUGCUGAUCCGGAGGAGAGAAGAGUCAUCUAUUCAGUGUUGGAUUCCUUCGCUUCUUACCGCCGUGCCGCUCACUACAACGUCACUCAUCUCCGCCGGCAAUCCUUUUACGCGCUCCCAUCUGCUCACUGGACCCUACUUGCCGAGCCGCCGUUCUCCCUGCUAGAUUCACUCUCGGCCGUAGACGAUGCUAUCGAUGCCAAUGCUGACAUCGCCGAAGCGAUACUCCGUGUCGGGGCCGAGUCCUUCGCCGACGAAAGCGCCGAAGCGCACACAGAAGCACCUAAUGGGAACUCAGAGGGUGCUAGUCACCACGAAAGAGACCCGCCAUGGAAGGGCAAAACCACCAAGAUGGAUCUCGACAAAGCGCGCAGCACCAUUCGGCAACUCUACCGAGACUGGAGUGCAGAAGGCGCGUCCGAACGCGCAGCUUGUUUCGAUCCCGUCCUCCAAGCGCUGAAAGAUGAGUUCACUCACAUUCCUGAUUCCGACAAGGGCGAACUCCAGGUUCUGGUCCCUGGUGCAGGGCUCGGCCGACUAGUGAUGGAGAUCUGCUGCGCCGGCUUCUCCGUUGAGGGCAACGAGAUAUCAUACCACCAGCUCAUGGCUAGCAACAUGAUCCUCAAUGAUACUAGGCGAGCGGAGCAGUAUCCGUUGUAUCCGUGGGCCUUAUCCUUCUCGAACCACGUCAGCAGAGCGGAUCAGUUGCAGAGGGUGAUGAUCCCGGAUAUACAUCCUGCCACGGCCCUUCACGAAGCAUCUGUCGGUAAAAAGACGCACGCCGGCGAGCGCAUGAGCAUGUCCGCCGGCGAUUUCUGCGUCGUGUAUAAGAGUGCGGAGAACAAGGAGGUGUACGAUGCGGUCACGACGGUCUUCUUCAUAGACACGGCGCCCAAUCUGAUCUCGUAUAUCGAGACAAUCCGCAACUGUCUGAAAAAUGGUGGGAUUUGGAUAAACCUAGGACCACUACUUUGGCACUUCGAGAACAACCCACCCGGAAGCACGGACGAGGAAGCAAAAGGCGGCGUGCAUCGGAACGGACAAGCCAAUGGCAGCGUGCAAGACCAGGGCAUUGCAGAGCCGGGCUCAAUGGAACUUACAGACGACGAGGUCGUCGGACUGGUUGAGCGCUUCGGGUUCAAGAUUGAGAAGCAUGAAGUUGGGAAGGUCGCUACUGGGUAUAUCCAAGAUCCUAGGAGCAUGUUGAUGAACAUCUACAGGCCGUCGUUCUGGAUAGCUAGGAAGCAGUAG